UGGCAGUUUUUUUUUUUUAAUGCUAGGGGCGAUCUGUGUCAUCUGCGACGACAAUCAUGGAGAUCACCUGUUGUUGUAUAGUUUUAUGUAUUCUUGGAUCCUCAGCUUUGGGAAUUCUAGGGAAUCCUACCAACAUUACCGAAGGAAUCAACGUACAAGAAAUAACAAUCGAACCAAAGGUGUACGCCUACGAGGGUGACAGGGCGGAGCUCAUCUACAACGUAACCGUCCGAUCCGAUCUACCGCCAGAUCGGCUUUACGAAAAAGCCGUAUGGUUUUCUGCCGACAGACAAAACUAUUGCGAGAUUUCUCAGGGAGAAACAAAAUGCCGCGGCGACCAGUUCGCCAAUCGGACCGAAAUAUCGGACACCUGGUUUCCUGUGUCAGAGGGAGAGCGCACGAGGCACGGGAGGAUCGUGUUUCGACUUGGAAACGUCACCCUCAGCGACACAGGCCGGUACGAAGGGGAGAUAAAGACCUUUGACAACAUAAACAAUGUUAACACCAUGCUGGUUGUUAAAGACGCUUCGGAGAGACCGAAAGAUGAAGACACGGCAAACCAAGUCGGGACAACUACAUGGUGGAACGGAUUUGGAGCUGGUAUCGGUACACUGUUAGGAUCAGGCCUGGCCAUCGCAUUCAUCGUGAUCCUCAGUGUGAAGCUCGCAGUCAGACGCAAAAGUAGUCAACAGGCAUCGACCGCACCAGUAUGAUGACAACUACUAGUACUAUGACGAGUCCGAUGUGUAUAAAGAAUCAAAAAGCAAUGACGGAUGGCAGGGUAUCAUCCUAGUUUAUAGCAACUAUGUAUUUACUGCUUUUGAUAUUACUGUUACUGCUUCAAGCACAGAGAUACCGAAAAGUGUGACAUUGUCUUUAUGUAACAACGCAUUGAGGUUUAGUAACUAACUAAUUACACGUCUUUUUGUGAACGGAAGAAGGUAUUUCACUUGGCCCUUUUGGAAAUCAAGUUUUAGAAUUUGAAGGGGCUUCUCAGUAGUCUUGAAAUGAAUAGAUAGAUUCGAAAUACAUGUACGAUCUUGUUUAUGGAAAUUUUUCUAUAAUCUUGCUGCAUUUGGAAAUGUAUAGUAAUCAAGUACUAACUGUACAAGUACUGCCACUGAAAAGUGUGACACUGCAUCUCCAAAUAAGUCCGCUCAUUUGAGAAUUGCUGUCAUUGUUGUUGUUGAAUCAUAAAAUGUGUUUUGGUUGCAUUUAAGAUAUCUAGUAUUAAUAGAGCAACAAACGUCAUGCAUAUACAUUUUGUGUAACAUGGCAUUAUUUAAGCCGUUCUUUUGUUUUUAUUUAAGUAAAAGUGUAUAAAUAAGACUGUGUUAUUUGAAGCCUAGGCCUUUGGAGUGCCAAAGUAAACAACUGCAAAAGG